CACAAAUGAACUCUGGAAUCCGGAAGCUGUGUGUCGGCUAGAAAAAUAGGGUACUCGCCUUCUCCGUCUUUCCCAAGGACGUCUUUCAACCACGCGCCAGCGUUUGAGAGCCACCAGAUCCGUGGCCGGCGAGGAAGUUUGGCCGGUUUUCCAGAUAUUUUAUUCAGAUGGCUGCCAGAAGAGGCAUUAAUCAGCUCUUGGGCUUGAAAUUACAUUUUAAGGCAUCAAUUCCGCUGAUGUCAUCUUUUCUGACGAAGCAGAAUCCAGAAGUUGCUGGACCUGCCAGUACUAAAUCUCUUAGAGCAUUGGUACUCCUUGGAGCUGGUGUUUCUGGAGUUUUAAGCUUUGCCACCAUAGCUUCUGCUGAUGAAGCAGAGCUUGGUCUGGCUUGUCCCAGCUAUCCUUGGCCCCACAAAGGCAUCCUUAGCUCCUAUGAUCAUGCAUCAAUCCGCCGUGGUCAUCAAGUUUACCAGCAAGUCUGUGCUUCUUGCCAUUCAAUGUCUCUAAUUUCAUAUCGAGAUCUUGUUGGUGUGGCAUAUACCGAAGAAGAAGCAAAGGCAUUGGCAGCAGAGAUUGAGGUAGUUGAUGGCCCGAAUGAUGAGGGCGAGAUGUUUACUCGUCCUGGCAAACUAAGUGAUCGCUUUCCUAAGCCAUAUGAUAAUGAACAAGCAGCUCGGUUUGCCAAUGGUGGAGCAUAUCCUCCAGACUUGAGCUUGAUAACUAAGGCUCGACAUAAUGGACAAAACUAUGUUUUUGCCCUUCUUACUGGGUACCGUGAUCCUCCUGCCGGUAUUUCGAUUCGAGAUGGUCUGCAUUAUAAUCCAUACUUCCCAGGCGGUGCUAUAGCUAUGCCUCAAAUGCUUAUUGAUGGUGCUGUCGAGUAUGAAGAUGGCACUCCUGCCACUGAAGCCCAGAUGGGGAAAGAUGUUGUAUCAUUCUUGACUUGGGCAGCUGAACCAGAGAUGGAAGAGCGCAAAUUGAUGGGAUUCAAGUGGAUAUUUGUGCUGUCUCUUGCUUUGCUUCAAGCUGCAUACUAUCGGCGCCUGAAGUGGUCUAUAUACAAGUCACGCAAGCUGGUUCUUGAUGUUGUCAACUGACCUUAUUCUCUGCAAUAAUUUUGUGGAAACUAUGUCAAUAAACAAAUUUGGGUGGAUGUAAUUGCAAAAGGGAUUUUUUUUCUUGAGCCCAAUUCUUUUCUUCUAUUUUGCAAGGAAACUAAAUAAUCCUUGUGAUGUUUAUUCCAUGCAGUGGAUUGUACUGUUAACUUUCUUCUAAGUUUUUCAUACGUGCUGAUACAUGAUCAUGCAUGGCAACUUUUUAUUUAUUUAUUGUUAUUUUAUGA